AGGCAGUGAGUGCUUGGAAGGUCCCCUUCCCAGACACACCAUGGCUGCACGGACUGUCCCCCACGCCUACCCCAUGAGUUCGGAGUACGAGUUUGCCAACCCUAGCAAGAUCUAUGACCAGAACUUUGGAGAAGGUGUGUCCCCAUGUGAGAUUUUAGCCCCUGCCCUGUACCAUGGCUACUACAUCAGGCCUCGCAUCAAUAAGCAGCUGGAUAGAGGCACCUCUGAGAUCAGCCUCAAUGAGCACAAAUUCCAGGUGUUCCUGGAUGUCUGUCACUUCUUGCCGGAUGAGCUCACUGUCCGCACAGUAGACAACCUGCUGGAGGUGAUGGGGCAGCACCCACAGAAGGCUGAUCGCCAUGGCUUCAUCUCCCGAGAGUUCACCAGGACCUACAUCCUCCCUCUGGAUGUCGACCCCUUGCUGGUGAGAGCCACAUUGUCCCAUGAUGGCAUCUUAAGCAUUGUGGCUCCUCGGACGGGGAAGGAGGUGAAGGCCAGAGUCAACGAGGUGAAGAUAACCCAACAGGAACAGCCAGUGGGGAAAGAACAGUCUGAAGAAGGAAAAGGGAAGGAAGAGUCCUAAAGGCCCCAGAUCUGGGCUUGAGCAGGGAGGGAGGGGGGACGGGGAUGGGAAAUCCACGGUGCCAGACACCU